GAGAGAGAGAGGGACAGCAGGACAGUCCGCGGAGGACAGUGCACGGAUCUAGCGGAACCACAACCGGUGAGAUUGGACCUCGCAAAUUGGACCUCGCAAGUCACCCCGCCUCGACGCCGCCCUCUCUCUCUCUCUCUCUCUCUCUCAUUCUCUCUCUCUCUCUCUCUCGUCGAGCCGAAGUGCGUGCGGCGCGCCUCCGGUGGCGCAUACGCGCGUUCGUGUGGUGUGUCCGCGGUGCGUAACUCGCCGUGCCCGAUGCCGAGCGAUGGAGGAGGCGAGGCGGCGCUGCGCCAGUGCGAGCUCCUCCAGAACAUGAUCGACAUCUCGCUGUCCAGCCUGCAGGGCCUGCGCACCAAGUGCGCCGCCAGCAACGACCUCACGCAGCAUGAGAUCCGCACGCUGGAGGUGAAGCUCAUGAAGUACAUCUGCAAGCAGCUGCAGUGCAAGCUGAAGGUUCCGGAGACAGAGCGACCGCAGGCCCUGGACACGUACCCGCACCUGGGGGACUGGCUACGCACCGUCAGCCUGAGAGCCGAGCUCAUAGAGGCGCUGCCUGUGAAGUUGUCGUUGGAUGCCUUGCUGCAGAUGCCCGGCGCUCAGGUGCGAGAGACCAUGAGGAGCCUGGGAGCCACUGUGGAGGAGUGCGUUCGACUCUGCGCCGCCCUUUCUUGCUUAAAGAGCGCCACCGAAUCAGGAGAAUGUGGUGAGGACGGAGGCUGCUGGUUUUCUGAGCCCACUCGACGGGACAGUGGAGGUCUCACCCCAGCGGACCAGAUCCCUUUACUUGGAAGUCUAACACGCCCUCAUAGCCCCUCCCCUCUUGCCCGGCCUCCUACCACGCCCACCACACCCACCGUGCCCACCACACCCCUCAUCCCAUGCCUUCACUCACGCCAUUUUCCGCCCAACCCCGAGGCCCACAUCUACCACGGCUAUGCCGAGAGCUUGACAGACCCGAGUCCAUAUUACUCAUCCUGGCCUCUCCGUGUCCAUGGACACUCCUCCACCCCACCCAUAACUCCGCCCUCAAAGAGGAGGCACCGCCUGAAGCCACCCUGCACGCCACCGCCACCCUCACGCAAGGUACUCCACAUCCUGCCCAACAUCACCCUGACACGCAGCAAGAGCCACGAGAGCCAAUUGGGCAACCGUAUCGAGGACACACCCACCAACAAGUGUGGGAAGAAAAAUAAGCUGUUACUGAACGUCCAGAUUAACGGCAAUGCUUGUGACGAUUCGCCGUCUCGCUCUCCGCUGCUUUCCGCCCGGACGCACGGCGCUGUGCCGGCUACUGCCCCCUACACCUUGCCGGGGACACCCACGCUCCUGGAGGAACAUGGAGGCCUGAGGAAUAACAUCGCGGUCCAUCGUAGCUCUCCGCAGGCAGUGAGGAGAGACAUCGGCCUGGCUGUCACUCACAGGUUCUCCACCAAGUCGUGGCUCUCGCAGACGUGUCAAGUGUGCCAGAAGAACAUGAUCUUCGGAGUGAAAUGCAAACACUGUAGGUUAAAGUGUCACAAUAAAUGCACGAAAGAGGCUCCUUCCUGUCGAAUAUCAUUCCUCCCCAUCACAAAGAUCCGGAGAACAGAGUCCGUGCCGUCGGAUAUCAACAACCCCGUGGACCGACCGGCCGAGGCACCGCAGUUUGGCACGUUACCAAAGGCAAUAACCAAGAAGGAUCAUCCGCCUGUGCUUAAUCAGCUGGACUCCAGCAGUAACCCCUCGUCCACCACGUCCUCCACCCCGUCAUCUCCUGCCCCGUUCCAGCAGAGUAACCCGCCCAGUGCCACCCCGCCCCCGAACCCUUCACCCAAAAACCACCGUGACAACCGCUUUAACUUCCCAGCUGCCUUCUACUUUCAGCAUAGACAGCAGUUUAUCUUCCCCGAUGUGUCCAGUUCCAACAUGCUUCACCCAGAAGGCCUACCAGACACAGUGAAUGAGACAGACCCAUCAGAGGAGGACGUGCACGCCGAGCUGGCUGAGAACGAAGACGGAGAAGAGGAAGACGAGGAUGUGGAAGCAGAGGAGCAAGACGACGCGAGCGUAGAAGAGGAAGACGGGCAGGAGGAAGCCGAGGAAGAGGAGGAGGAGGAGGAGGAGGUGAGCUUUGAAGAGACAAACGAAGGCUCAGAUGGUGAAGGAGACGGAGACGAGCUGGAUGAUCUGCCCAGUGCAAGAGGCAGUGGCCCCUGGAAGUGUCCUGUGUCACGCAAGGCCAGCCAGACCAGCGUCUACCUGCAGGAGUGGGACAUCCCUUUUGAGCAGCUUGACCUGGGUGAGCUGAUCGGCAAGGGCCGCUGGGGACGGGUACACCGGGGCCGCUGGCACGGCGAGGUGGCCAUCCGCCUGCUGGAGAUUGAUGGCAACAAUCAGGACCACCUCAAGCUUUUCAAGAAGGAGGUGAUGAACUACAGACAGACACGCCACGAGAAUGUGGUGCUCUUCAUGGGGGCCUGCAUGGCACCGCCACACCUCGCCAUCAUCACCAGCUUCUGCAAAGGCCGGACGUUGUACUCUGUUGUGAGAGAUACAAAGAACACGCUAGACAUCAACAAGACGAGACAGAUUGCCCAGGAGAUUGUGAAGGGAAUGGGUUACUUGCACGCGAAGGGCAUCGUUCACAAAGACCUGAAGUCAAAGAACGUGUUUUACGACACCAACAAAGUGGUAAUUGCUGACUUUGGCCUUUUUGGAAUCUCAGGAGUGGUUCAGGAGGGAAGGAGAGAGAACGAGCUGAAGCUUCCUCACGGCUGGAUUUGUUAUCUAGCUCCGGAGAUUGUGCGCAAGAUGAGCCCCGGCAACAACGAGGACCGCUUGCCCUUUUCCAACGCGGCCGAUGUGUACGCCUUUGGCACUAUUUGGUACGAGCUGCAAGCGAGGGACUGGCCAAUCACCAACCAGCCAGCGGAGGCCACCAUCUGGCAGGUGGGCAGCGGAGAGGGCAUCAAGAAUGUGCUGGCGGAGAUCAGCUUGGGCAAAGAAGUCACGGAGAUCCUUUCAGCCUGCUGGGCGUACGACUUGCGCGAGCGGCCCACGUUCACGCAACUGGCUGACAUGCUGGAGAAACUGCCCAAGCUCAACCGCAGGCUCUCGCACCCUGGACACUUCUGGAAAUCUGCAGAAAAUUACACUAACAUCUGACCUUGUUUUCAUAUUAAUAAAUAUCCAUUUCCCUUCUUCUGAUUUGCCUGUUAACAACCUAACCUCUUGCUUUUCUGUCUUCUGUCUGACUUUCCUUUUCACUGUCCUUUAGGUUGUAGCUGAAACACUAAAGCAAUGCAAAAUAAAAAGCCCCGGAUCUGCCUUGCAUGCGUCCUGAAACAAAGAACUCGUGGACUCCGAGCAGAAACGAGACGCACUUCCUGCUCCCACCGUUCCGCCGUGUGAUCUUCUGCCUUUGCUUGCUGUCCUUGGAGGGGUGUGUGCUUUGGCAAUGCACGGAUCCUGAGCGACUCUCGCCUCUGCCGUUUCUGAUUAUUCCCUUUGGAGUGUGCGCUGUCAGCCUCUUUCUUCACUGUCUCUCUCGUCUCGGCGUCAUGGCCGAAUCUGGACUUAUGAGAUGUAGCGUCUGCCUGGUGGAAUUUUUUCCCCUUUCCUGGCAGCCUGUCCUUUCUCCUUUUUGUUUGCUAGGACACUUCUUCACUUCUUCUCCCUUGUGACUGGAUGCACCGUGCCCUUUCUUCCUUCUUCCUACACCUUGUUAUCGGAUUUCGGCUCCUUCAACGACGUGCACUAUUGCUUCUCUGGUACACAGGCUCACUCGUCAUGGUCUUUCUGCAGAGACUGACUCUAAAUGCUGUCACACCCUUUGCUAGUAGUGGUGCCUGAUGACUCAUCAAAAACAAAUGUCAUUUAAAGGAACAGGAUGGCCAGAAAUAUAUAUAUAUAUAUAUAUAUAUAUAUAUAUAUAUAUAUAUGUAUAAAAUCAUCCUUAACCAGAAUGUAGCCGAUCAACAAAUACACAUUGGAACUGGAGCUUGCAAAGGAAGCGAACAGUAUCCACAAUGACUAAAUCAUCACACACUCACCUCAGAAGGUAUUGUGGGCACAAUAACACUGUAUACCCAUAAACAGCAGAAUGAAUCUUCAUAAAAAAACAAGAUAUCAAAUCACAACUACAUUACCAUUCAUUCUCCAAUCAUCUAAUGCAUAAUAAGUCGCCGCAUUAAGGUUAAAAUUUGUAGAAAUUUGUUCUCUUACUUGUUAUCAAAAGUAAUGCCGUCUAAACAGCGGUGUGUCCAGAAUGUUGUGUUUAGCCGAGCUGAAGAAGAUGCUAAGUCAUUGGGAGAGGAACAACAAAAACAAAAACAACAAUAGAUUGAUUUUCUUUAGAUCAAGGAUGUUCAUUUCUAAAUUCCGACCCAAAUAUAUCUGAAAGGAUUGUAAAAAAUAAAUAAAUAAUUUUAAUGCAUAAGACUAAUGCUAGCUAGCUACACCAGUAGUACAAAUAGCUUAAAAUUAGUUUAACUACUUAGCUGUUCAGUCUCUAAAAAAAUAAAUAGCUAUAAAGUGCUUGAUUUUAAAAGCAACCAUGCUAACAUCUUGCUGUUAGGUAAUGUCAGUUAGUAGAAUCAUAAAAAAAAAAAAAAAUUAAAGAAAAGGUCUAUUUAGCAACUUAAUGCAGUUUGAGGCAAGUGUAUGACAGUUUUGACAUGAUAUGAAGAUAGAAAAUGACAUUUCUUUAGUUUGUACGAAGUUUUCUUUAGCUAUCUAGCUACAUUAGAAGCGCUACAGUAAAAUAUAUUUCGAAAUGAGCUUCCAUUAACUAGAAUGAGUAAUUAUUAAUUACAGACUACUUGAUUUUAAAAGUACAACUUGUUGCUGGGAAAUGUUAGCUAAACUAGCCAGCUAAUAUUUUUGCUAAGAACACUGCUACUGCUGUUCAUAAGUAGCUGGGCUAGACACUGAGACACAGAUACACUUUUGAUAUAAAGAUAAGUAAGAAUUAUUCUUUAGUUUGUAAAAAAAAAAAAAAGAAAAAAAAGCUUAUGUUCAAUGCAAAAGACUAAAGCUAGCUAGCUACAUUAGAAGCUACUGUACAUAUUAAAAAUAGAUUAAAAGUAUCUAAAUUACAGUUGCUAAAUGAAAACAGUAAAACUAACUACAAACUGCUACGUUGAUUUUAAAAGUAACCAUGCUAACAACUAGGAACCGUUAGUUCAAAUAGUAGCUCGGCUGGACACUUAGAGACUUUUCACAGUGUUGACUGUUCUUGUUAGACGAGCUACAAGAUGGCUACUGCUACUACCUUUUAGCUGUACCAGUGUUUCAUGCAACGUAAAAUAAAAAGAUUAAUAUAUUUUUUUAAGGUAAAGAUAUCUAACAACUUAUUGCAGUUGGAGGUGAAUGCAUGAUGGUUUGGACAUUAUAUAAAGAUAAAAGAAUAUUCUUUAGUUUGGAAAAAAAAGGGUUUGUUUGCAUGUAAAACUAACGCUAGCUAGCUAGCGACACUAGAUGUUACAUGGUUUAAAAAAAACAACUUAAAACUAGCUUAACCACGUAGCUGUUCAGCUGCGAAAAUAGUUGAGCUAACUACAAACUACUUAAUUUUAUACUUAACCAUGCUAAGAAUGUGCUAGUAGGAAAUGUUAGUUAAACCAACUAGCAGUGCUAGCAAGGACUCAUCUUCAGUUUGUAAUAUAAAAUACUAAAUUAGCUACAUUAGAAGCUUUAAAAGUACUACUAAGAAAUGUGAGUUAAGCUUGCUAGCCGAUAGCUUUGCUAGCAACACUGCUCCUGAUGCUCAUGAGUAUCUAGGUCGGCUGUUUGACUAGCUACAAGAUGGCUGCUCCUCCAACAAGAUAGUAUAAAGAUUACUCCUUCUAUAACGAUUCAAAAAGUCUACUUAUCACCUCAGCAGUUUGAGGUGGGUGUGUGAUUUUUCCAGUCAUGCAGUUUUCAAGAUGCUAACUUCACGUGUUAGCAUUAUUAGCUGCAUAGCUUUGGUGAAAUGAUUAGGAAAAAAAAGUGACACACCAGACAUGUCUUUGUUGAUUAGCUACGUUCGGAUUAGGAGGGGGGGAAAAAUGUGUAAAAUUGUAUUUUUGGCUUGAACUGGUUGUUUAAAAGUAACAACCUCCGCCGUGAGUGCUAAAAGUGCCGUGGCCUCACGAGUCAGGGCAAUAAAAUGAAGUGUUUGUUGAAGUAAACUGGAUGUGUGUCUCUGGUAAGAGUGUAUACACGAGUGUGACGACGAGCCAAAGAGAAGCACUUCUGUUUUCUCAAGUUUUUUUUUUUCCCUCCUCAUGUAGCGUAAAAUGUUUAAUAGUAAUAGGAAGCAGUGACACGGCCAUGUUUCAUUGAGCUAGUAACCGUUACCUCUUGUAAUGUCUGUGUGUGUAGUGGUGUGUGUGUGUAUGUGUGUGUGUGUGUGUGUGUGUGUGUGUGUUGGGAAUAACAUGAUGUAAGAAUAAAAGCCUGGAGUGUAUUGGAAAAUACCGACGACUUGUAAGAUGUACGUGUAAGAAAACUUUAUUUAUUGUACAGCGAAUGAACCGAAUUCUUUUCAUAUUUAUAUG